AUGGUGGCUGAGGUUGGUUCAAUGCCGGCUGCCUCCUCUGUGAAGAAGCCAUUUGGUCUCAGAAGCAAGAUGGGCAAGUGGUGCUGCCACUGCUUCCCCUGCUGCAGGGGGAGAGGCAAGAGCAACGUGAGCACUUCUGGAGACCACGACGACUCUGCUAUGAAGAUGCUCAGGAGCAAGAUGGGCAAGUGGUGCCACCACUGCUUCCCCUGCUGCAGGGGGAGCGGCAAGGGCAACGUGGGCACUUCUGGAUACCACGACGACUCUGCUAUGAAGACGCUCAGGAGCAAGAUGGGCAAGUGGUGCUGCCAUUGGUUCCCCUGCUGCAGGGGGAGUGGCAAGAACAAAGUGGGCGCUUGGGGAGACUACGAUGACAGCGGCUUCAUGGAGCCCAGGUACCACGUCCAUCGAGAAGAUCUGGACAAGCUCCACAGAGCUGCCUGGUGGGGUAAAGUCCCCAGAAAGGAUCUCAUCGUCAUGCUCAGGGACACUGACGUGAACGAGAAGGACAAGCAAAAGACUGCUCUACAUCUGGCCUCUGCCAAUGGGAAUUCAGAAGUAGUAAAACUCCUGCUGGACAGACGAUGUGAACUUAAUGUCCUUGACAACAAAAAGAGGACAGCUCUGACAAAGGCCGUACAAUGCCAGGAAGAUGAAUGUGCGUUAAUGUUGCUGGAACAUGGCAGUGAUCCAAAUAUUCCAGAUGAGUAUGGAAAUACCACUCUGCACUAUGCUAUCUACAAUGAAGAUAAAUUAAUGGCCAAAGCACUGCUCUUAUAUGGUGCUGAUAUCGAAUCAAGAAACAAGCAUGGCCUCACACCACUGUUACUUGGUGUACAUGAACAAAAACAGCAAGUGGUGAAAUUUUUAAUCAAGAAAAAAGCUAAUUUAAAUGCACUGGAUAUAUAUGGAAGAACUGCUCUCAUACUUGCUGUAUGUUGUGGAUCAGCAAGUAUAGUCAGCCUUCUACUUGAGCAAAGUAUUGAUGUAUCUUCUCAAGAUCUAUCUGGACAGACGGCCAGAGAGUAUGCUGUUUCUAGUCAUCAUAAUGUAAUUUGCCAGUUACUUUCUGACUACAAAGAAAAACAGAUGCUAAAAGUUUCUUCUGAAAACAGCAAUCCAGAACAAGACUUAAAGCUACCAUCAGGGGAAGAGUCACAAAGGCUUAAAGGAAGUGAAAAUGGCCAGCCAGAGAAAAUGUCUCAAGAACCAGAAAUAAAUAAGGAUGGUGAUAGAAAGCUAGAAAAUUUUAUGACUAUAGAAGAAAUGAAGAAGCACGGAAGUACUCAUGUGUUCCCAGAAAACCUGACUAAUGGUGCGGCUGCUGGCAGUGGUGAUGAUGGAUUAAUUCCUCCAAGGAAGAGCAGAACACCUGAAAGCCAGCAAUUUUCUGACACUGAGAAUGAAGAGUAUCACAGUGACGAACAAAAUGAUACUCAGAAGCAACUUUCUGAAGAACAGAACACUGGAAUAUUACAAGAUGAGAUUCUGAUUCAUAAAGAAAAGCAGAUAGAAGUGGCUGAAAAGAAAAUGAAUUCUGAGCUUUCUCUUAGUUAUAAGAAAGAAAAAGACCUCUUGCAUGAAAAUAGUACGUUGCAGGAAGAAAUUGCCAUGCUAAGACUGAAGCUAGACGUAAUGAAACACGAGAGCCAGCUAAGAAAAGAGAAAUAUUUGGAGCAAAUGCAAAGUGUGAGAAAAAAGAAUUAUAAUGAUUUAAAGGCUCUACAAUUGAAUGAGCUCACCAUGGAUGAUGAUACCGCCGUGCUCGUCAUUGACAACGGCUCUGACAUGUGCAAGGCCGGCUUUGCGGGUGAUCAUGCCCCCCAGGCUGUCUUCCCUUCCAUCGUGGGGUGCCCCAGGCACCAGGGCAUGAUGGGGGGCAUGCGUCAGAAGGAGUCCUAUGUCGGCAACGAGGCCCAGAGCAAGAGAGGCAUCCUGACCCUGAAGUACCCCAUGGAGCAAGGCAUCAUCACCAACUGGGACGACUGGGCUAAACGCCACUCCACUUCUCUCUAA